AUGGUGAUGAUCAGCAGGCAGCUCCUGCUCACCUACCUCUACCUGCUCAUCUACAUCUGCCUCUCGUCGGGGGUCAUCCUCUUCAACAAAUGGGUGCUAUCUCCUAAGUACUUCAAAUUCCCCUUUCCCAUUACUCUCACAAUGAUUCACAUGUCAUUUUCUGGAGUCGUGGCGUUCUUCCUAGUCCGUGUUUUCAAGGUUGUUGCACCUGUCAAGAUGACUUUCCAAAUAUAUGCCACAUCUGUAAUUCCCAUUAGUGCCUUCUUUGCGUCAAGUCUUUGGUUCGGAAAUACAGCAUACUUAUACAUUUCAGUGGCCUUCAUUCAAAUGCUCAAGGCUUUGAUGCCUGUGGCGACAUUUAUAAUGGCCGUUCUAUGUGGUACUGACAAAUUAAGACGGGACCUUUUCUUGAACAUGGUGCUGGUCAGUGUUGGUGUUGUAGUUUCAUCAUAUGGGGAGAUUCAUUUUAAUGUAAUAGGAACAUUAUACCAAGUAACUGGCAUUGUUGCGGAAGCCCUCAGGCUGGUCCUGACACAGGUCCUCCUCCAAAAAAAGGGAUUAACCCUGAAUCCUAUUACAAGUCUGUAUUACAUAGCGCCUUGCAGUUUCAUCUUCCUAUUUGGUCCAUGGUAUUUACUGGAAAAGCCAGAAAUGGACAUCUCUCCAAUUCAGUUCAAUUAUUGGAUAUUUUUCUCGAAUGCACUUGCUGCAUUUGCGUUAAACAUAUCCAUAUUCCUAGUUAUUGGAAGGACAGGAGCAGUCACUGUCAGAGUUGCAGGAGUUCUAAAGGACUGGAUACUUAUUGCCCUCUCGACCGUUAUCUUUCCUGAAUCUACUAUUACAAGCCUCAACAUAAUUGGAUAUGCCGUUGCGCUCUCUGGCGUUGUCAUGUACAAUUAUUUGAAGAUGAAAGAUGUGACAGCAAUCCAACUUCCAAUUGAUAACACUGCUGAUAGAGCUACCAAGGAGAAGAAGGUUGUCAACAUAUACAAACCCGACAGUUCCAUUGACAGUAUUGAUGAAACUGUUGUUGUAGGUGUGGCAGUUGGAAGUAUGGCAACAGAAGCUGCAGCUGUUGACGAGGAAGCCCCAUUGAUCCCUUCAUCACGCAUCUCCCAUGUAACCCGGACACAAACAGGCGGUCUCAGUAGCAGAUGA